CGGGAAAUACCAGUGGAAUGAACGAUCCUGGAUGUGAUGGAAUGGAUAUUAAAGAUGAAAGUAAGUCAUUUGUGUGUCAUAAAAAUGGAAUUGGAACUACAAAAGAUGAAAAGAAGAUAUCCAAUGAUCAUCAAGAAAGUCCUGUCAAAGUAAUCAAAAUACAAGUGCUACGGGUGAAAAAAUAUUCUAUUCACCCAAUACUUAUAAUUGAUAACGUUGCUAAAAUCGCAGAAAAGAAUCCUGUUGUGGUUGAAAGACUCCAAUAUGUGCUAAAACUGCAGUCUCUUUACCAUGAUGCUUCUUCAUUUUCGCGUUGUAUUAUUUUAUGCAUCGGUGAUUUUAGUAAAGAUGAAACUUUGGCUUAUUUGGUUAAUCAUCGUAAAAUGGAUGCUCGAAUUGCAAAAAGAAUAUUUGACCUAUGCUGGGGUCGAAUCUCUCAUAUUGUCGAUGUGACUUUCGAAAUUGAUAAACUUAUAGAUCAACGUAAAAAGAAAAUUAACGGAAUUAAACAAUUCUAUCAGGAAACAUGGGAUACUUGUAUUAAUGAAA